GCGGGCCGGCCCGUUUAAAAUCUGAUUCGCCCCCGUCCGUCCCGUGGUCGUCUAGGUCUCCCCUUUCCCCCGGCCCCUUGUUUCUUCUGUUUCCUCCUCUGCUUCUCCCCCGAUGACUUCUCUUCUUCCCUCAAGACUGAUUUCGAAUCUUAGGCGAAUCAGGCGGAUCGACGAACCGUAAUCUGACUGCUUCUUCUGUGUUCUUCUUCCUCCGUCGCGUGAUGGAUUCCUCUGAUCUGUAUUUUUCAGGACAAGAAGGAGGUGGGGUUGCCCAAGUUGUUGAUCCAGAAGGGGAGGAACGAACUGAAUAUCCCCCUCAAGGUCUCCGCGAUGACUCAGCCCAAGAAGGAGGUGGGGUUGCCCAAGUUGAUGAACCAGAAGGUGAGGAACCAACUGAAUAUCCAGAACGAGGUCUCCGCAAUGACUCAGGUGCUCGGGUAUUCCCUCGCAAGUUAUGCAAGUCUACUUACAUUACUAGGCUGUCUUUCAAGCGUUGGGAAAAAACUGUGAAGAAGUUUAGUGACAUUCAGUUAGGCCAUGUGAGAAAGUACAAAAUGGAAGCUCUGCUUCAUAUGCCAAAGAAACUCAAAAUCCCCAUGAAUCUGCUUGAAUGGAUAGAUCAACACAUGUUUGGAACUAAAGAGCCCUGUUUCAAGCAUAAGAAUAAAGUUAUCAAGAUUAUUAAAGAUAUGGUCGACAAAAUUUUCGAUUUCCCUGGUGGCACCGAGCCUUUUGUAUUCAGUAGCGACGAUCCCCAAGUGAAAGAAGAGGUUACACAGUUGAGGAACAAGUAUAUUGAUCAUCGGAACAAAAUGCCAAUUAAUAAAAUAGAGGAGGUGAUGCUUAGUGACGAGACAGAAGAUGGUUUUAUUAGGAGCUUCACAUUUUAUUUCCUAUCAUCUAUUUUGUGCCCUGCGUCAUAUUGUUUUGGCAACACCAAGUUCUUGUACUCUCUGAGAGAUGUUUCUGCUAUUCCUUCACUCGACUUUGCGCAAUUGGCACUGGAUUUCAUGCGUGAGGAGUCAGAGCGUCACUUUAAAAUGAUCAUGAACAGACCAAGUGUUGAGGAAAUGAACAAGUCUUCAUAUAUUGGGGGAUGUCUUCCUAUCUGGGGAAUCAUUUAUCUGGAUUUUGUUGAUUUCGAUGUUAUUGAUAAUCAUCAGUCUACUGUGGAUUAUUCUCUUCCACGGAUAUGUCAUGUUAAGACUGAAGAUUUCAAGUAUCUUGCAUUGGUUGAUAGGAAUUAUGAGUCUAGGAAUUUUUUUGGUGUUUUACCACUGCGAGACAUAUCACAGACCCCAUAUUACAAUGCCGGGCCUAUUAACAAUGCUCCCGAUGCUGCUGGUGUGAUUAACUCAACUCCUUAUGUGGAGGUCAACAAUGCAAAUAGUGUUCGUGAAGCUCUACAUGAGAACACGUCAAUUGAUUCAAAAAGUCCUCAUAUCAUUUCAGAAAUUCCCAGUUCCACUGCAAAAGUUGAAGCAGAUUUAAAACCGAAACCAGAGCCACAUUUGAAAUCAGAGGUUCCCUCCAAUGAUGUCCUUAAGCCGGAGCCAAUCGGACCAAAAUUUGAGAACAUUUCUAUCAUGAAUUCGGUGUACAAAACACCAAUAUUCCCAGCUCAUACUUCAAAUGUGAACACCAACUCUGUCCACCAAGAAACUACUUCACAACCUAAGGAAGAAGUUUUUAUAUCAGCUGAAGCAAAUGAUAUCAAAUUUUCCACUGAAGUUAAUGCAAAAAGAAGUUUUAUACUCAUCAGUUCUGCCUCUGGAAAUGAAAGAGUCAAGCGUUUUCAAGGAACUCCAAUUCUUAUUGAUGAUGAUUCUCCUACCACUCCUGCUGCUGCGACUAACAAAGAGAUACCAGCCUCUCGCUGUGAUACAAGUGAAGGAAUUCCAAUGAACAUGGAGUUUUUUGUCCAACUAGGCUAUUCUUCAUUGAAUAAUGCAGAAGCUGGACGAAGUACAUGACCUAAUACAAUUGAAAAGAAGAACAGGAAAAAAAGAGCAGCUAAACUUCAAUCUCCUGAUACACCAAAGAAACUGAAAAUAUCUCAAGAAGUGGACAUUUUCUUCUCCAAAUAUUUGAGGAAGCCUAUCUUUCAAGAAUACACUCUUUUUGUUGAUAUUGAGGGUUUCCCUGUAAGCUAUGACAAUUACUUUAAUUCAUUUAAAGCGAGGGGUGAGAUUGGAGAUGAAGUGAUGAAUUAUUUUAUUCAAGUUCUUAACUAUGAAUCAAAGAUGUCAUCUGAAGUAAAGCCUUAUCUCAAGAAAUACUGUUUCAGUUUGUACUUUACUGUGAGUUUUUGGUCUAAACUUCCUAUUUGCUUAUAUUUUUUACUAUUUUUUUCUUUCAUUGAAACUGAGAUUUUUAUUAAUUUUGUCAUUUUUGUUCACAUAAUAAAUUGUUGGUUCCUCCUGAGUCAUUUGAUCCUAUUAGUUGCAUACAAGAAUUUGACAUGAUUAAUUCAGAAGAAAGCAUCUGGAAACAAGACUUGUUAUACUUCCCUACCAUAAAAUCAAAUCACUGGGUUCUACUUUCCAUCAACUCUCCGUUUGAGAAAUCUCACUUUUUUGAUCCAUGUGGUACUAUUCUGGAUACUACCCAAGAAGAACUUGUCUAUAACUUGCUCUCCAACUACAACAUGCUUUGCAAGCUGAGUAAAAAGCCAUUCAAGAACAUAUUCUCUUUCAAGCUUCAACCAGUAGGACCUUACCCAACAAACCGUCUCUUGCAUGACUCAGGCCACUAUCUGCCUUUAUACAUGGAAAAUUUUGAAGGCAAAGCUAUGAAGAGUUUCAAUGAGGGCAACAUUCCGAAGUACAGAAUGAUUUAUGCAUUCAAGUUCUUCAAAAGCACUUUGAACAAGCUGAAAGAAGGAGAUCUUCCAAUACCAAAUUGACUUUUCCGCAAGAUGCAUAUGCAAACAGUUUUCAAUGUGUAACUGAUUGGAACAAAACAUGUAUUUUCAUGUCUUCAAACAAUUACAUCUGUAAUCAUAUGGUAGUAGAUUCAUGGUACUAGAUGUUUAAACUUUUUGCUACCACGAGCUACGUAGCGUCUAUGUUGGAAAUCUUCUUUUUCUGGAUAUGGUACUCUUCAUGAACUA